AUGUCAAUCAUUGGCAUGCGUUCAACAGUAUCCACGCCAACAUCAUCACAUGCAAAUGGCUUAUCAGCUGGCCUGAACAAACCAAUCAUUAUCCCGCCACGAUCCUCUUCAUUAUUUCUACAGACUUCUCAGCACUCAUCACUGAUGCUACCAUCAUUUUCACGCCCUGGCGGUGCUCUUCCUCGCUCACACUCGACGACCAACCUUCAUGAUCUUGUUUCUGAUCUUCAUCGGCAACGAGAGCAGUAUCAAACACACAUGGCGAAUAAAGCGAAAGCGCGAAAAGAAAAGAAGUUUGAUGCAAGUACGAUCUCAAAGAAGCUUUCUCGGCAAGCAUCAUUCUAUUACCAAUUAGCAAAAAGCAAAUCAUUGAGAGGCAAACGAGCAGCAUCAUCCUCACCCAAAGAUGCACCCAAUACCACCACCACUACCACCACAAAGACACAACAACAAAAAUCAUUACAACAGCCAGCUGCACAACAGCCUGUGGAUAUGCCGCGGAUACAACGUGCUGAUUCGCGUGUCAGAGUGCAACAAGUUCUCCCGAUUCUUCAACCGUCGAGUGCAGAAAUCGAGGAACUCAGCGAACAACAACAACAAUUGGAGGAAUAUGAACAGCAACAGCAGCAGCACCUACAUGUAGUAUCAUCCAAGGUUGUUGACGAUACCCACGAUGUAUCAUCAUCAUUCCCAUCCAUGUUGCUGGAAACACCAACAAAUGCAUUGGUACCACCCGAUUCACCUGCUACGCCAUUGGAUGAAUGCAUUCAACGUGGUAUCCAAUAUCAUGAAAGUGGUGAUGUAGAUCGAGCUACGGCCGAAUUCAAGCAUGCAGCAGAAGAGGGAUCCCCUAUGGGCAUGUUUUUUUAUGGUCUUGCUUUACGCCAUGGAUGGGGAUGUGAAAAGAACGAAAAGCACGCGUUCCGAUACUUGCAAAAAUCUGCUGAGCAUGCUAUUGUCAACUUGGAGCAUUUUGUGGCAGACACAACAAGUGCUGAGCUGGUCUUAGCUUUAUACGAGCUAGGUGUCUCAUUCUAUCAUGGCUGGGGUUGCGAAAAGGAUCAAAAGGCAGCCGUGUUCUUUUACAAGAUGGCUGCUGACCUUGGUGAUGCCGAUGCACAAAACGAUUUAGCACAGUGUUAUCAUCAUGGUAUCGGUGUCAAAAAGGAUAUGCAUCUUGCAGCAAAAUACUAUCGCAAAGCAGCACGUCAAGGACGCGGCGUGAUGGGCAAUUCUUGGAUUUACAAACCCAAAUACGAUCGACGAAAUAGCUUUUGA